GCUUCAACUUCCAUCCCUCCCUGGUCCCCCUAGUCCCGCCCCUCGCCUCGGGCCCGGAUCCUUCUUGCUGGGCCUUAGUCGAGUGCUCUGCACACAGUAAGCGCUCAGUAAAUACGAUUGAUUGAUUGAUUGAUUGAUUGGGCCCGCUCCUCCUGGGCUGGGCCGGGAGGCCGAGCCAUGCGGGCAGGCCUGCCUCCGGGGCUGGUCCUGGCCCUGGCCCUGGCCCUGAACUUGGGGUUGGGGCUGGAGCCGGUGGGCUCGGAGCCCCGGAGGGACCCCGACUUCUACAGCUUUAAAGUGGUGAACAUCCGGGGCAAGCUCGUCUCCCUGGACAAGUACCGCGGCUCGGUGUCACUGGUGGUCAAUGUAGCCAGCGAGUGCGGUUUCACCGAUCAGCACUACCGCGCCCUCCAGCAGCUGCAGAAGGACCUUGGCCCGUCCCACUUCAAUGUGCUCGCCUUCCCUUGCAACCAGUUCGGCCAGCAGGAGCCAGACAGUAACAAGGAGAUCGAGAGCUUUGUCCGGAAGACCUACGGUGUCUCCUUUCCCAUGUUCAGCAAGAUUGCUGUCAGUGGGGCUGGGGCGAAUGCCGCCUUCAAGUACUUGACAGAAUCUUCCGGGGAGGAGCCGACCUGGAACUUCUGGAAGUACCUGGUGUCCCCAGAUGGGAAAGUGGUGAACAGCUGGGAUUCCACCGUCCCUGUGGAGGAGAUCAGACCCCACAUCACAGCCCUCGUGAGAAGAAUGAUCAUGAAGAAGAAAGAAGAGUUGUGAGAGCCGCAGGGUGUCCGUGGCAUCCGAUGGGCAGGUGGCCGGCCGGGGCUGGAAAACCAGAGUUCGUUUCCUGAGACGGACCCAGGCCGAGCAGCUUUGUCUCUCCGGGGAGGCCGCAGAGAAAAUAGCCCAAACUCCA